AUGCAUGAUCGGUCGUCGGCUGAACCCCACCAAGAAUACAGAUUGACCUGGACGCUGGACGCUCUGCGACGAUCUGAUUUUCAACGAAUCGACUCUGCUGGCGAAACGUAUGUUGACUACAUGGGCGGCGCGCUAUAUCCCGAGGGUCUUUUGCAUGUGCACACCGAUCUCCUUCGCCAAGUUAUCAUGGGCAAUACACACUCUGCGAGCAAUCCCUCGACGCUAUCCCUCAAAUAUGCCACCGAGGCACGGCAGGCCGUACUCUCGUUCUUCAAGGCUCCGCCUGGCUACACCGUCGUCUUCACUGCCAAUGCCUCUGCUGCUCUGAAACUCGUGGGCGAAUCGUUUCCGUUCUCAGAGGAGAGCUGCUUCGUUCUACCUAUCGAUUCACACAACAGCGUCAACGGCAUUCGUCAAUACGCUAGGGCCCGAGGGGCCAACGUCCAGUACAUCUCAUCUACUUCCAGCGGCGGGCUCAUCGACGCGGAAGCGAAGAGUGUUCUCCUUCGCACCCGACCUCGUCGUCGCGAUGGCCAGCAACCUAUGUCUCUCUUCGGCUACACAGGCCAGUCGAACGUCAGCAACCACAAGCCCUCUCUAGACAUCAUCAAAUACGCCUCCGCUCUGGGGUACCAUACUCUUCUGGACGCUGCGGCUUUGGUCCCGACCUCUACGUUCUCACUCGCCGAGUAUCCGGUCGACGCUAUGGCGAUCUCGUUUUACAAAAUGUUGGGCUUCCCUACUGGUGUCGGUGCUCUCGUGGUCAAGACGUCUUUCCUCGGACAUCUUCGCCGACCUUGGUUCUCUGGUGGCAGUGUCAAUGUUGUGCAAGUCCCUGGGUCGCUUGUGACUAUGUCGACGCAUCCGCACGAGCGCUUUGAGGACGGAACAAUCAACUAUACGUCUCUUCCUGCUGUUACAGAUGGCCUUCGGUUCCUCUCGGCCUACCUCCCGUUCUUGCCUCUGCGACUCUCGUGUCUGAUGGCCUACCUCUAUCGCGCGCUUCCGAGGAUCCGACACGAUGUGAACGGCCUAUCUGUUGUCCGCAUACUCUCGAAGAUUUCCACAAAGCGGCUGCGUUCUGUUGGCGACCAAGCCGAUGUAGGCUCGACCAUUUCCUUCAUCUUUAUCAAUCCCUCCGGCGAGAUGAUGCCCUUGGCCUUCGUCGACUUCGCCGCAUCCAAAUCCUCGAUCUCCCUCCGCACAGGUUGCAUGUGCAACCCCGGCGGUGCCGCCGCUCUGCUGGGCAUCUCCGAGGCGAUGGCCAAUUUGCAGGCCGGCACCACGCUCUCGGGCUUCGAAAAGAUCGUCGGGCGCGAGCUGGGCGUCGUGCGGAUUAGCUUGGGGCUGGCGAGCAACUUCCAGGAUGUGUGGCGGGUGGUGCAGUUCGCGACUAUGCUUGGGCGAGAGAGGGAGCGGACCGCGCUUUGGCAGCAAUGGUUGGAGAGCUUGGGCUCGGGGAGGGCGUUGUAG